AUGGCAAAAAUGCGCGGGCGCCGGGAUCGAGCUGGCGACUGCGGCUCCCACACGGCUACACGGACAACGUUGGACAAGCACUGCACACUUCAGUGCGCGUCAAAUUGCGUGGUUCGGUGUACAUUAAAUUGCGCGUUGAAUUGCAUGUUUAAUUGCACGUCGAGUUGUGUGGUGGGUUGCGCGUUAAAAUGCGCGAGUCGGCGCAUGUCAAAUUGCGCAGUGCGGUGCAGCCAAUGUUUUGCGAUUUGCGCGUUAAAUCGCGGUGCGGUGUGGUGCGGUGCAAUGCACUGGCACACGCAGUGUGGCGCGGUGCGGUGCAACGCGGUGCAGUGCGGUGCGGCGCGGACACCGAAGCGGUGCACGGCGUUGCUCGGGGGUGCAUUGCGCGGGCCCAGGCGUGGAGCGGUGCAGUCCGGGACGACGCGCCGCAUGCUGUGCUGUGUUCCGCUGCUGCUGGAGCGCCCUCACCUCCGGAUCAGCACGUGCAGCGGCAUGCUGUGCAGCAUCACGCAACUGCUGCUGCACCCUCACAUCCGGGUCAGCCCGUGCAGCAGCAUGCUGUGCUGUGUCAUGCAGCCGCUGCUGUGCCCUCACCUCCGGCAGAAGCAUCAGCACCCUGGUGCUGCCCCUCCAGCUGUGUAUCUGCAGCAGCUGCCUCUGCGGGCCCCGCUGAAUUUAUUUGCAUGGCUGUCUGCUGUGCUGCGGCAUGCUGCUGCUGCUCAGCUGCACGGCCCGUACUCAAAUCAGCGAACGGACGGAUUCUUCCACUACGGAAGCCGUCCGCAAGCGAGCCCAGCCGGAGCCGUUUCGAAGCAGGCGACUGAUCCGACAUGA